UCUUUGUCCACACAGAAUGUCUGAAGCCAGCGGUGACGUCCAAUCAGAGCAGUGAAACCCAGGAGACAAAGGACACGCCUCCUGCCCACCUGAGGACACGCCUCCUGCCCACCUGAGGACACACCUCCUGCCCACCUGAGGACACGCCUCCUGCCCAACUGAGGACACACCUCCCGUCCACCUGAGGACACGCCUCCCAUCCACCUGAGGACACGCCUCCCGUCCACCUGAGGACACGCCUUCUGUCCACCUGAGGACACACCUCCCGUCGAUCUGAGGGCACAUUUCCUGUUGCCCUGAGGACGGCCAGUUUAUAGACGUUGGACAGAUCAACUUUGAAAGUCCAGAUGGUGCUUCUUUACCUGUGUCCCUGGAAACCCCAGUGGAACCAGGUGGAGGUCACAGGAUUUCAGCUCUUGGUGAAGAUUUGUGAAUAACGACGCGCGUGACCAAAAGACGGAGGGCUGACUUUGGCCACGAUGGCGCCUUUGGACGUGGUCCGACUCCAGACCUGGCUCUUGCUCGUGACUGUGAGCUGGACACUUCACGCUGAUGUGCUUCACUUUGCUGCCGCUACAAUACAAGGAUACGUCGGCGACAGAGACAUUUGUCCAUCUGUGUGCAGAUGUGAUGAGGACUUUAUUUAUUGUAAUGAUCGUGGCCUAAGCUCUAUCCCAUCACUUCCUCCCUCUGCAUCCGUGCUCUACCUUCAGAACAACCACAUAAACAACCCAGGCCUUCCCACGUCCCUGGAGCACCAUCUGGCUGUGCGUGUGGUCUACCUCUAUGAUAAUGAACUCGAUGAAUUCCCGAUGCAUCUUCCACCAUCUGUCCGUGAACUGCAUUUGCAGGACAACAACAUACGCACUAUUCCUCGCAGUGCGCUGGCAAGGAUGCCUUUGCUGGAAAAACUUCACUUGGAUGACAACUCCAUCUCCACUGUUAGCAUCGAGGAUCAGGCAUUUGCUGACAACCCGCGACUGCGCCUACUCUUCCUUUCACGCAACCAUCUGUCUAGCAUCCCCUCAGGACUGCCCGCCUCUCUGGAAGAACUCCGACUGGACGACAACAGAAUCUCCACCAUCCCAACCCAUGCUUUCCGAGGCCUUACCUCCCUUCGAUGUCUUGUUCUGGAUGGAAACCUAUUGGCGAACCAGCGUAUUGCAGAUGACACAUUUUCUCGCCUUUCCAACUUGACGGAGUUGUCUCUGGUACGAAACUCCCUCCAGACGCCACCUGUCAACCUGCCCAGUUCCCAUCUACAGCGUCUGUCUCUGCAGGACAAUGCCCUGACUCACAUGCCACGGGGAUCCUUGGAUGGCAUGCGCCGGCUGCAGAGACUGGAUCUGUCCGGGAACAACCUAACCACGCUGCCGAGGGGGCUUUUCAAAGACCUGGACAACCUUGGACAGCUGCUGGUUCGAGGCAAUCCUUGGCACUGUGGCUGUAACCUGCGUUGGCUUUAUGACUGGCUUCAGGCCCGCGGUAACUCCAUCACUGUCAGGGGUCUCACCUGCCAUGGGCCCGAUCGGGUCAGAGACAUGACCCUGAUAGACCUGACCAGUGAGAUGGAGGACUGUGAGGUGGUUCGGGCAGGAAACAGAGAGCGAGUGGGUGGAGGUGGAGUGGAAAGCUCUACUACCAACACCCCCCCACAGGGAUCUCUGUUCACGCUUCGCUCCAAGCGCCCGGGCCUGGGGCUUCCAGACUCUGGACUGGACUACACACUAAGCAGCAGUGGUGUGGGGAAGAGUCUGGCGCUCAACGUGAAGCCCCUGUCCCACAACAGUGUCCGGGUCACCUGGAGCGUCGCCCAGCCCAGCUCGUCCUUCAGGCUGAGCUGGCUGCGACAGGGAACCGGAAACGCCAUGGGAUCUAUCACAGAGACGCUGGUCAGGGGCGACCGUAGAGAGUACCUGCUCACUUCCCUGCAACCACGUUCUAGUUACAUCAUCUGCAUGGUGCCCCUGCCGGCAAGUUCAGAGAACAAAGGUGUCAUUCCUGGAGAUACAGAUUCUGAUGAAGCUCUUGUGUGUGCAAAGGCUGAAACCUCAGACCUCAACCCUAUGGAGGAAGAGGAGGAUGAAGAGUCUAAACAGAUGACAGUGCUGCCCUUGGCAGGAAUUAUUGGUGGAGCUACUGCUAUUGUGUCUUUGGCUCUUAUCUUUGGUGUCUUCUGUUGGUAUGGCCAUAGGACUGGACAUUUGUGCUCCCGUGAUCACUAUACGCGUAGCAGCUCCCGAAAAAGCAAGAACUAUGAUGACUACAUCGAGUCUGGCACCAAAAAGGACAAUACCAUCUUGGAGAUUCGAGGUCCAGGAUUCCAAAUGACACCCAUGGCGACGUGCCAGCCACUGCAGCCAAAACCACUACGAGAGGAUUACAUUAUUCAUACCAUUUUCCCUUCCAACGGCACUGGGCUGUACAAAGGUGCCAACCAUGUUUCUAAUGCAGGACAUGGUACCAACCGAGGCUACAGAGAAGGGGGAAUCCCAGAUGUAGACUACUGUUACACAUGAUGUACCAGACCCUACUCACAGUGUUAUUGGUAAACUGUAUAGAUGCACAAGUUCCCUUCGCAUGAACACUGAAGCACCCCUCUGUGCCUUCUUCUGGUCUCCCAUUCCAAAUUACCUGCUGUUCACUGCAAUGGAAGUGUGUGAUUAACUAGCCCUGAAACUGUGUGGGAACAGUUGACUGCAGGAGGCCUAGGUGUAAAUGCACAGCUGACUGUUUCUUCACCGUCUUAGUAAUGGCCUGUGUAUGUUUGUUUUCUGAUCUUUCCUUGUGACAUGUACACGAAGAAUGUAUACGCUGUGGAAAAGGUCCGUUUCAGCAAAGGUGCAGGUCGAGCUCCUGUUCUAAACACAGGAGCCACAGCAGUCAAUUCAACAUGGAUGAAUGGUGACACAUGGACUGUUUUGGUACUCACGUCCUCCUCACUGCUCAUAUACAGUAUGUGUAGUCUUAUCAGUUCAUUGGUUCCAAUGCCUCAACUCUAUUAUUGUGCCCUACCGGCUAGCUAAGGAAAGGGCUUUGUAAAGCUGUGAAUUGUUCUAUUUCCAACGACCCUGAUAACCACUUGUCUUAAAGUAGACUUGUUAUGACCUUAUUUGUUAGUUGGCAGGGUGGACAUGUUAUCAGGGCUGGUCGGCCGUGGUUAUACCUCUAGUGGUCCUUCACCUGAGUUCAGUAUUGUAAAGUUGCAUCAGACAAGAUGCAGCGCAAACGUGUAGAUAAUUUACUUCGAUACCGACUGAGCUGUGUUUGAACAACGCUUUGCUUUUUGUAUCAGUGGUUUGUUUGGUAAUCAAAUCCUGCACAGCUCUUGUUAUUUAUUCUUUUUGUUCCUUUAAUUUAAAUUUUUUUUUGCUUUUUACACUUUUUCUGUCAAGUUUGUCAUCAAUAAUGAAACCCACCUUUGGGAGACAAUGGACUGAUUGAUGUAAUAAGAAAGUGAAGAAAAUAUCCUGAAAAUUACAGACCCCACCCACAGACCAGCAUGCCCCCCCCCCACCCCACCCCCUUCCUCAUUUCUGUGCCUGUGUGCUUUUCCUGUGAUUUUAAGUUAUGUUUACUGCACAUUUUAAAACAGACGACAGCAAGGAUGAUGAGAAUGGAGAGUGGACGACAUCCUACUGUGGAACGUCCAAUGAGAGCGAAACCGAGGAGACUCAAACCGAAACACUGUUGACCUGCACUGUGGGGCAGUGGCCAGGUGGUGGUGGGGUGGGGGCUGGAGUGGGGGGGUGGAUGGAGCUGACGCCUCAGUCAGGGGACUUCAUCGAUGUUGGUUUUUGGAAGGGUAAAGGCCUCCACUCAUUCCACCUCUUUUAUUACUGAGCAGCACUAAAAAUGUAAAUGUAUUAGCACUUAGCAGAGAAUGGGGAUAAAAGUAAUGACGGCCUGCCGACACGGAGCUGAAGCAAACAUCUCCAGGCACCGACGAAGAUGCGGAAUUGAUGGCUGUGGUUGGACGGCGUUCACCCGUGCAUAAAUCUGGUUGUCAUCCUGGGCUUCUCCCCUUACGUUGAAUACUGUCCAUCAGUCGUUUACCACUGUGUUGCUUCCAAAAAGGGAAACAGUUGUGCUUCCUCGACUCUUGUGUUUGACAGUUUCACACUGGUGUCAGACAUAUGUCACUGGAAUGUAUAUUUGAGCUUGCAUCCAAAACCAUGGGCUUACACAAACCAGUCACAUCCUGCUGGCCUGAUUCAUCGUGUUUUGGGGAAUGUUGAAAUGGUGUAAUUGCUAUUUUAUAGUUGGUCGAAUCCAGACUUCCUCAUCAUUUGUAUAAAUAAAUCCAUGGCCACAGACAACUGAAUAUUUUUUCUGGUGAAGUUAUAGAAAGUAAAGGUGCCAUAACUUUGCUUAAAAAUGAUGUGAACUUGAGAUGUGUGUGGAAUUUGCUUUAUAAAUUAAUCUUCAGAGGGAAUCAAUAAAGUUUUAUAAUCUUGUUA